UUUUUGUUGUUCUCCUUUUCUUUUGCAGCACUUCAUGGCCGGUAGUGUUGUUGCACGUCUGGCAAGAAAGUACGGAGCUGUUAUAUUCUUCCCCACUGUCACUGUCUCAACGAUCUACGCCGACUGGUCUCACACCCAGAAUUGGAAGCGUGAACAAAAAGAAAUCGCUAAAAUCCAAGAGCUACUAAAACAUCAAUAGAUCAAAAUGGUUUUGGGUCUUGACAAACGUUACGUCUGGGGUGUACUUCCCUUGCUUGGCUUUGCCAUUGGUCAUUUCCUCGAUCAGAAGGAAACUGAACGUAUGACCAGAUUCAGAGACAAAAGUGCUUUGUAUGGUCGUCCAGAGGGUCGGGCACAGCCAUCAUGGUAGAA